AUGAAGCGAGGAAUUGAAUGCGGCGGGUACUCUGCAAACCGCAUUUUCAUCAGUUAUGACCAAAAGACGAUGCAAGUACAAAAUGUCGGCCGCUCGAGAACGGCCACGCCCAAGAGUCUCGACGAUAUCAACUCAGUCCCAGAGAUACAGGAACAGCUUUUCGCCACGUUCAUGGGUGCUUACUUCCCUGCUUGCAUGAAUGGAGACACUCAUGUGGACUCUUGGCGAUAUCUCAUCUCAAGCUUCCAAGUAUUACCGCACAAGACCAUGAUGCUCCAGCGAGCGCUCUCAGCAAUUUGCUGCGUGUAUAUCGGUCGAAUCAAUGAUGACGAACGUCUAUCUCAUCACGGCAUUCAACUUUAUAAUUCUUCGAUGCUGUCUAUGUCAAAGAUGCUUUGUACGAAGACUCACAGUGAAGAAUCCCUUUAUGCCACUGUUAUCUUCCAGAUGAUUGAGAAAUGCAUAGCAGUCAAAAAUAGCACAGGCCCAAGCGGUGUUCACGGCUGUGCGAACGGCUUCGACCCCUGGGUAUUUCAUAUGCAGGCAAUGAGCAGCCUACUUAAGGAAAAUCAGCACAAACUAAGCACCAGCCCCCUAAUUAACGAUGUAUCCAGUAGCCAUGCAAAACUAGCAAUAACACCUCUAGACGACCUAUUCGACAUCUUCGUCACAGGUCGAUCUCUCCUAGAUGCAAUCGAGGCAAUGAACACAUUACCCCUCGAUGACCCAAAAAUCAGCCCAAAUGCCUGUUUUGCGUCACUCAAAACCAUAGUGGAAUAUCGAGAACGAAUAACAUCUUGGUACGCCGAGAAAGAAGCACAAAUCGGGGGCCCUCCGAUGGUCUGCGAAGUGAAAGACACGAAAUUAUUCAACAAUAUGCUACUCGAGAAUAACCCCUUCGGGUCAAUUUACCGGUUCGCUUCAUUGGAUAAUGCCAGGAUUCAUAUCCUUUACUGGACAGCCAUGAACUUCGCCCACACGCUUGUCUACAGGGCACAGAUGAUGGUUGUAUCUGCCAAUCACGCAAUCUUCCCUGCUGACGAUUUCCCCACCGACCCGUCAAACUAUGAGUCGUUCGUUAAGGCGAGCCAUUAUAUCGACCAAGUCUGUCGGGCCAUUCCCUACUGCAUGCAGCCGAUGCAUCGGAUAUGGGGCACGCACAUUGUCUUUGGGACUAUCGGCAAUGUCUUUAGAACCUAUAUUCAACGACAGAGUCGGGAGAAAUUUCUCUGGUGUCAGCGUGUUCUGGAGGCUGCUGGGGCACUUGGUUUAGGGAUGGCCUUCUAUUUUUCAGGAGUCGCGAAUAGGGAAUGGGUUGCCAUGGAGGAAAUAACAGAGUCGAUGGUUCGAACCCCAGAAUAUGCGGCAAGUCCGGAUGAUCAAUACCCUCUAGAUGAUCUGAUUGAUUCAAGUUCCCCGCUUUCUAGCGAUUACUUUUUGCAGCCUGUCGAUUUGCAAGUCGAUUUCCAACUUGUAGAGAUACCGGCGCUAUCAUUUGGAGAAGUCUGUCUAGAGCUUUGA